AUGAUGUCGGAGUGCGACCCGGUGGAGACGGAUGUUUGCAAACCGGAACCGGAACCGGGACCGGGAACGAGCGUCCUGACCGAGCUGGAGGCGGAGGUUUCCGGGGAGGAGGCGCUGCUACUGCCCGGGAGCGGGUCCCCGGCCCGGGGGAAGAGGCCCCGGCGGGCCCGGGGCAGCUCCUCCCCGGAUAAGGACCCGCAGGCCUCCCCGGGUGCACACAGCGGAGACUUCAACCAUUUCCCGGAUGACCCGGAGUUCGCGGACAUCAUCCAAAGGGCAGAACAGGCUAUCGAGGGCGGGGCCUUCCCAGAGAGGAUUUCCCAGGGAUCCAGCGGGAGCUACUUCGUCAAAGACCCCAAAGGGAAAAUCAUUGGUGUUUUUAAACCAAAGUCAGAGGAACCUUACGGUCACCUGAACCCAAAAUGGACCAAAUACUUUCACAAGCUCUGCUGCCCGUGCUGUUUCGGGCGGGGCUGCCUGCUCCCAAACCAGGGAUACCUCUCCGAGGCCGCCGCCUCACUGGUCGACUCCAAACUGGGGCUCGGAGUGGUGCCAAAAACCAAGGUGGUGUAUUUGGCGAGUGAGACAUUCCACUAUAACGCCAUCGACAGAGCGAAGUCCAGAGGGAAGAAAUACGCCUUAGAAAAGGUCCCGAAGGUUGGACGUCGCUUCCACAGAGUGGGCCUUCCUCCCAAAGUGGUGUAUUUGGCGAGUGAGACAUUCCACUAUAACGCCAUCGACAGAGCGAAGUCCAGAGGGAAGAAAUACGCCUUAGAAAAGGUCCCGAAGGUUGGACGCCGCUUCCACAGAGUGGGCCUUCCUCCCAAAGUGGGCUCCUUCCAGCUCUUCGUGGAGGGAUACCGGGAGGCCGACCACUGGCUGCGGCGCUUCGAGGCCGAGCCGCUGCCCGAAAACAUCCGUAAGCAGCUGCAGGCGCAGUUCGAGCGCCUGGUGGUUCUGGACUACGUCAUCAGGAACACCGAUCGAGGGAACGACAACUGGCUGAUCAAGUACGAGAAACCGGGGGAAGAAACCGAAGUUCAGAAGGACACAGAUUGGCCGGAGAACAGUCCGGACUCCUGCAUUAAGAUCGCAGCCAUCGAUAACGGACUCGCGUUCCCCUUCAAGCACCCGGACGAGUGGAGGGCCUGUAGGUUCCUCUGUCUGUCAGCAAAAAACACCUGA